AAGCAGAAACAUUCACCCUCUCAAGGUGGUACGCCUCAACUGUUUCACGUUUCAAGAGCCAUCAAUAUCUGGACGCUUGAAGCCCACAGAGAUCUUUGAAGGAGCAGACACUAUCUUCAUUAGGAUCAAACGCAAAACAAAAAGACUAAUCCAAUGAAUCUACAUGUGGACUUCAUUGCUUUCUAUUUGCUCAGGUCAGCCAGAUGAACACACACAUAACAGCCCACAAAGCCAAGGUAAGGCAUCUGUGCUUCUUCCUUAUCCUGGGCUUUCACUUGGUGUAUGCUGGUGUGCCAGGCCCAUGUAAGCACUCUGUCACCCAGGACCAUCUCUUGAAUUUAAGACGUCUGAUGAAGAACCAAUUGCAAAAUGGUUGUUCAAUAACCUACACCUUCACUGAGCAACAGAACCUGAGUGUUGUGUGUUAUGUUAAAGCAGCGUUCCCUCACAUACUGGAGCUACUCAACACCCAGUUCAGAUAUGCUAAGGACUCGGACAAUUACCGUUAUACUAAUUCACUGAAGAACUUGAUCUACAACAUUUACUCCCAGCGAUGCAUCCCUCCAAUCAAUGAGGAGAUUGAGGAUAGCCCAAAGAGGUUCACAAGAACCCUUAUGACUGUGCCCAGGGCAGCUUUGGAGAAAGUUGAGGAAGUGAUUCGCAUGUUUAUGGGUCUGAUGAUUCAGAGCAACAAGCCUGUGGACUGGAACUGUGUGGAGGAGUACACAGAAGAUUACCCAGAAUCCACCACUGAACCUCUCAGCCAAACAGCAGGUGUUUCCGAUUGCCCCUGUAUUUGUCCAGCUGUGAGUGUUAGAUCAACUAAGUCAUCUGCAUCCACAAGCCAUUGGAAUAUUUACCCGGAAUCUACUCAAUCCCCACAAAGAUCAUCCUUUUCACUUGUGGAAACCUUGAAGGCUGGUAAUGAAAGAACUAAACAAUCCAUAUCUGCUGUCCCUGUAACCAAACACCAAACACUAAAUCUAGGAACACCUGCCACAUGGAGAUCAACACAAGGACAUUCAUCCAACUCCCUCUUUGGUAGCACUCCAGCUUUUCAUGAAGGAGCUCCGAAUUCAGAAACAGACCAUGUCCCAUCAGCAGAUCCUUUCCCUUCAUUUACUCAUUUUCAGGAAGUAUUUCCAAACAGAACUGACUCAAGUGUUGAAACAACCACCUCUGGCCCCUAUCAAAAAAGCACAAGCGAUAACACGCAAGGCGAUGUGGAGAAGAGCACGCCGCUUUCACUUGCCAAAAGGUCUUUAGAUUCCAAAAGCCAUCAAGGACCAUCCAGUUCCUAUGUAAAAUCAUCACAGAACUCAGUUACUACAACAUCUCAACCAGCAUACAAAGAUAUAAAGAGCACAGAGAUCAAAAACAAGCCUUUCGAAAUGCUUCAACGGAGUAAACACAUUGCACCAGUCACAAGCACAGCUCUGUCUUCUUUGAAAGCAGCUGCGCAUUCAUCAGACGGCCUGAGUGCCCUUGUUGAACAGCCAGGUCAUUUCCACAGCCCUCCUGAAAAUUUCCAAACACACACCCAAAGUCCGGUGAGGGUGCCAAGGAAUUUCAUGAGAACCAUCCAUGAGGCGAAGCUCAGAAAAGACAGCAGAUCCCAGGAGGAUAGGCAGGAGAUGAAGAACCAAACCCAUCCAGACCGAGAAACACAGGAGAACCCUGCCACAGAACAAUCCAGCAGUACAAUCAUCUCUUUUGGCACUGUGCUCAUUAUUACAUUAGCGUGUGGUGGACUUCUGCUCAUAACUGUCCUGUUUUACAGACAGCAAAAAGUAAGUGUCUCACAGGUCAUUCUUGCUCUGCUGAGAAGACCCACUUAGAAUGGCAUAGGUCAGUGCUGGUCUGGAGAGAAACAUGCUGUGCCCAGUAGCCGAAACAUAUGCUUGUUACUCUCUCUGGUGGUCUUUUCAGCAGGGUGUCCCAAGUGAUCUCGUUCAAACAGAAAAAUCAACAUUCUUUGAUGUUUCCAAUGUGAGUUAGAGUUCAUUAUUUAUUCCAAACAAACAAUAAAUUGGGAGACAAAAUACCAGCAGGUUGCUUUUUCUCAUUCUGUAUAUGGAAUUAUAAUACAUUUUUAAAAACUAGAACAGGAAAGACUUGAUCUGGCACAUGGUCCAUUGGAAAAUCUGAAAAUAUUUUAAGCAUUCUCACACAAACUAGAUUUGACACAUUCAUCUUCUCUUUGUACAUUUUGACUUGGCAAAAUGACCAUGAAAUGUUGAAUGGAAAAUAUCAAUAAUUCUUAAAAAAAAGAGAAGAGAGUUCAUUUUUCUUUCAUGCCAGUUUAAGAUUGUACUCAUAUUCAAACAGAAAUAUAUAUGGAGUGUAAAUAAAUAAAUGAAUAUAUACUGUAUAUACAGGGCAGGUGGAAUGUAGCCACAUUCUAGUGUUGUCUUUAUGUCAGAAGCACAUAACUAAUCUAAUGUUUUGCUUGGCUCAUAUUGUUAAAAGGAAUCUAAUAACAAUGUAUUUUGUUCAGUACCAAUAAAUGAGUAAAACAGAUGGGUGCUCUGUGGAACACCGGAGCACAGUCAAAAUGAACAAUAUCAUUAAAACUAUUCAUUUUCAAUAAAACAAUCUUGUGUUAGUUGGUUAGUUUAUUUCAGGUUAAUUGUUGUUUUUUUUUCAUUUCACAUCUCUGUCUUGACUCAGAUGUGUGUUUUUUUAUUGCUUUCGUGUCACAUGCUGCUUCUCUAUCCUCUAACAUGUGACUUUAAUAAAAUAAUAAAUGUCAGGGCAGAAGUAUGUGCAAAGAAUUAGUUUGGGAAAAAAAGAAAAGAAAAGAAAAAUACUGUUGUUAUUUACACACCCUCGUGUUUCUAAAUCAUAUUCCAUUGUAAGGACCUGUUAAAUAAUGGUUUCAUGGUGCUUUUGCUUCCACAUGUGGCCUAAUUUUGUGAAAAAGGGCAACUGAGACAAGAUUUCCUUUUGUGCUUCACAGAAAAAAACAAAGUCUUAUGGGUUUUGAACAAUGUGAGGUUGAGUAAAUGAAGACAAACUUGAAUUUUUGGGUUACUUUUAGGCAUGAAAGCAUUUAAAUGAUGUGUCAUGCUGGAAAUGAAAACUGUAAAGGACACUCACUUGCUAUUUUAGGUUUUUACGUGACCAAUAGCGUGUAUGUCAGUGAGAUAUCAGUU